AUGACUGAUCCACACCGGCGAGGAGACUCCCCGUCAGACGCCGAUUCCAGUGACGAGACUAUCAUCUACACCUUCGAUCAACAACAUUCAACGUAUGGUGAAGCUGAUGCCGAUGCCGUAUCCAUCAAAGGUGCCGUUGAAGAAUAUGAAGAAGUGCAACGUGAAUUGUCGAGGAUUAGUCGAGCGCAAACGAAUGAAAACGAUGCUGAAAAGGGCGCGGUGGAAGAGUUCAAUUUGACCGAAUUCUUGAGCGGCAUGUCUAGCGAGGCUCAACAAGCAGGCACUAAACCCAAACAUCUUGGCUUGAUCUGGAAGAACUUGACAGUUGAGGGUCUAGGCGCUGAUGCACAUACAAUCCCCACUUUGCAAAGCCAAAUUCUUCGAGUGCUUCAACCAUGGAAGUUCUUUGGCAUCGGUUUGGGUGGUAGCAAAAAGACUAUUUUGCAUGGCCUUACUGGAUUUGUCAAAGAAGGCGAGAUGAUGUUGGUGCUUGGUCGUCCUGGUGCAGGCACAACUACGUUACUCAAGGUGCUUGCCAACCUACGUGGCUCCUAUACCCGUAUCGACGGUGAUGUCAGCUAUGGUGGCAUUGAUCAUGAUACAUUUGCCAAACGCUAUCGUGGCCAAGUCGCUUACAACGAGGAAGAAGAUCAGCAUUAUGCCACUCUCACCACUAAGCAGACAUUACAACUUGCUUUGCGUACCAAGACUCCUGGCAACAGACUUCCAAAUGAAUCCAAAGAAGACUUUGUUGACAAGAUUUUAUACAUGCUUGGCAACAUGCUUGGUCUCACCAAGCAAAUGAACACUCUUGUUGGCAAUGCUUUCGUCCGUGGUCUCUCUGGUGGCGAACGCAAGCGUCUUUCCAUUGCAGAAGUUAUGACGACACAAAGCUCUAUAAACCUAUGGGAUGGCAGUACACGAGGCCUUGAUGCAGCAUCAGCAUUGGAUUAUGUUCGUUCCUUGCGUAUUAUGACCGACAUUUUCAAAAAGACGACCGUUGCCACCCUCUAUCAAGCAUCAAACAGCAUCUUCAAUCUCUUUGACAAGGUUCUUUUAUUGGAUCAAGGCUAUUGCAUUUAUUUUGGUCCUAUCAAUCAAGCCAAGGCGUACUUCGAAGAUCUUGGUUUCUAUUGUCCACCUCGCAAAUCCACUCCCGAUUUCUUGACAGGCCUUUGUAAUCCAUUGGAGCGUGAAGUACGACCAGGGUUCGAAGACAAGGUCCCUCAAUACGCAUCCGAUUUCCAAGAUCGCUAUUAUGCAUCCGACAUUUACAAGAACAUGAUGACACAGCUGGAGGCUUAUGAGCAACACAUCCAUGAGGAGAAGCCUGCUGCAUUGUUUGAAGAAGCUGUACGAGAAGAACACCAAAAGCGUGCACCCAAGAGCGACCCAUUCACCGCAUCAUUUUAUCAACAAGUGAAGGCGCUCACCAUUCGACAAUUCCAUUUAUUGAUCAAGGAUCGUGAUGCAUUGAUUUCCCGAUACGGCACGGUUUUUACUUUGGCAUUUAUUUGUGGUUCUUGCUUUUACAACGUCCCACUUGAUUCUGGAGGUGCUUACUCUCGUGGAGGUGCAUUGAUGAUGACUACGAUUUUCAACACCAUGGUGUGCCAAAGUGAGUUGAUUUCCUUUGUAGAAGGAAGAUCCAUCCUUGAAAAGCACAAGCAUUUCGCCAUGUACCGCCCGUCUGCAUUCUACUUGGCUCAAGUUAUUAUGGAUGUACCAUUCGCUCUCUUCCAAGUUUUCAUUUAUGAGAUUAUUGCCUACUUCCUUAUGGGUCUUGCAUUGGAUGCUGGUCGUUUCUUUUCGUUCUUUAUCACCAUGUUCUUCAUUAUCAUGACAAUGAACGGCUUCUUCCGACAAAUCGGUGCCAUCACUACCAACUUUUUCUUGGCUGGUCAAGCUGCCAACAUUUUGUACACUCUUGUCUUGAUGAACUCGGGCUACUUUAUGCCAAAAGCUACAAUGCAUCCUUGGUUUUCUUGGAUCUACUGGGUCAACCCAAUCGCGUAUGGCUAUAAGGCUAUUUUGAUCAAUGAGAUGAAAGGACAAGUCUAUCCAUGCGAACAAGUGGGUCAAUCGGUUCCACAAGGCCCUGGUUACCAGGAUUGGGCUCACAGGGUGUGCACAAUGCAAGGAAGCCGUCCAGGUCAAAGCUAUGUGCUUGGAGACGACUAUUUGCGUGACUACCUUAGCUACGAACCAUCUCAACAAUGGGCUCCUGAUUUUGUUGUGGUUAUUGGCUUCUUUUUGCUCUUCACCUUGACUACCGCCCUUUGCAUGGAGUACAUCAGCAGCAGUGCUAGUGGAUCCCUCACCAAGCUUUAUUUGCCUGGCAAAGCUCCCAAGCCUCGUACACGUGAAGAAGAAGAUGAAAGACGUCAACGUCAACAAGAACUUACAAGCAAGAUGGAAUCUAUUUCUACUGGUGUCACCUUCUCCUGGAGCAACUUGAAUUACAGCGUGCCUUUCAAGGGUGGUCCUCUUCAAUUGCUCAAUGAUGUUUCUGGUAUUGUCAAGCCUGGUCACCUUACUGCAUUAAUGGGUUCUUCUGGUGCUGGCAAAACCACCUUAUUGGAUGUAUUGGCACGCCGCAAGACCAUUGGCAAAGUUGAUGGCAAGAUUUAUCUUAAUGGUGAAGCAUUGAUGAGUGACUUUGAACGUAUCACUGGCUAUUGUGAGCAAAUGGAUAUCCAUCAACCAGCGGUCACUGUUCGUGAAGCGAUGCAAUUCUCGGCCUAUUUGCGACAAGAUGCUAAUGUUCCCAAGUCUGAAAAGGAUGACUAUGUUGAGCAAAUCAUUCAACUGCUCGAGAUGGAAGAUAUCGCUGAUGCUCAAAUUGGUGAGGUUGGACGUGGCACUGGUAUUUCUAUCGAGGAACGCAAGCGUCUUACUAUUGCCAUGGAAUUGGUUGCCAAGCCCAAGCUACUCUUUUUGGAUGAACCCACCUCUGGAUUGGAUGCACAAUCAUCAUACAACAUUGUUCGCUUUAUUCGCAAGCUAGCUGAUGCUGGAUGGCCUGUACUUUGCACUAUUCAUCAACCUUCAUCGAUCCUCUUUGAGCAUUUCGAUCAUUUGCUACUCUUGGUACGUGGUGGUCGUACAGCAUACCAUGGUGAAAUUGGCAAGGAUGCUCGCACUAUGAUUGAUUACUUUGAGUCGCAUGGUGGUCCUCGUUGUUCCCCUGAUGCCAAUCCUGCUGAAUACAUUCUUGAAGUCGUUGGCGCUGGUACAGCAGGCAAGGCGAAACGCGAUUGGGCUGAUGUAUGGGCCAAUUCAAACGAAGCCAAGGCAUUGAAAGAAGAACUUGAUGCUAUUGAAAGCACAGCUAUUCAGCAACCCAACCGCAAGGCUUUGACGUAUGCAACCUCGUUCUGGAACCAAUUCUAUCUUGUCAACAAGCGUAUGACUUUGGUGUAUUGGCGUUCUCCUGAUUACAACUUAGGUCGAUUCUUGUCGUUGAUGGCUCUCUCUCUUAUCAAUGGUUUCAUGUAUUGGAAGUUGGAUUACUCGACAUCGGGCAUGCAAAAUCGUAUCUUUGCUAUCUUUGCAAGCUUUUUGAUGGGCUAUACUUUGAUUGUUGUCGCACAACCCAAAUUCAUGACUGAGCGUUUAUACUUCCGCCGCGAAUAUGCAUCUCGUUUCUAUGGAUGGUUGCCAUUUGCCCUGUCAGCUGCUCUCGUCGAGGUGCCCUAUAUCAUUGUCCUCAGUGCUUUCUACAUGUUUGGUUUCUAUUGGACUACAGGCCUUGUCAAUACUUCCGAAGCAGCAGGUUACUUUUACAUCAUGCAAGUUGUUUUCGUCACGUGGUCUGUGACCCUUGGUUUUGUAAUUGCUGGUUUCUCGGAAAAGCCAAACAUGGCCGCUGUUUUGAAUCCCCUCAUUAUCGCCACUCUCGUGUUGUUCACUGGUCUUAUGCAGCCAGAGUCAACAAUGCCACAUUUCUGGAGCUCCUGGAUGUAUUGGGUUGAUCCGCUCCAUUAUUUCGUUGAAGGAUUGACAGUGAAUGAAAUGUCGGACCUCCCUAUUAUUUGUGGUGAUCGUGAUCUUGUCAAGUUCCCACCACCUGCAGGACAAACAUGUGGCGAGUACAUGGCUGACUUUUUCAACUCUGGUGUCUCCGGAUAUCUUGACAAUCCAAAUGCAACAGACAUGUGUGGCUAUUGCAGCUUCCAAUCGGGUGAGGAGUAUUAUAGCUUACAAUUUGGCUGGUCGGCUGCCAACAAGUGGCGUAAUCUUGGUAUCAUUGCUGGUAUCACUGGAUUCAAUAUCCUCGUCUUUUUCGGCCUCUGCUACUUGAAGCGCACAGCUCGCCGAUAA